AUGCGAGCUUUGCGGCGGCUUAGACCACGUGCUGUUAAGACGGCUGGCGAGCAUGAAAGCGGGAGCGGUAGCGUCGAGGGAGGAGGGGAGACGAGUGGAGUAGAACCUGUAGCUCGGGAAGGGCUGGGGGCGGAAGGGGGGUUGUCAGCUGUUGGCUCGGGACGGCGAAGCAGGCGCCGAAGCAGAACCAGUGGUUCGGAUGAUUCCUGUUCGGGAAAAGAGGAACCGCGAGGACCAGGAAGUUCGGGGAAGACGGGAACCGUUGGGCGGCGCAAGUGGCUGCCGAAGGAGCCUGGAGUAGUGCAAGGCGUGAAAGUGGAUCCUGAUGAUCGAACGGUUGAGAAGCACCAGGGAGAGGCAGAUCAACGGUCAGGAUGGGAGGCAGCGCAAGAGCCGCUCGAGGCUGCGUCGUUUAGCGACGAUGAUGAGUCAUUCAGGGGGAAAAGCGGAACCGGAGAGGUCGUGAGUGAGACAGCAGAGGCGGCUGAAUACCGUCGCAUGGAGCGAAGCUUCGGGGAACGAGCGCAGGAGAUGGAUCCGGAGGAGCUUAGGCUGGCGAGGCAGCGGGUGGCCGAUCUUAUUCGUGCCGGGGAUGACGUGGAACAGGAGAUUGUGCAGCUGGGCAGGGAGGGCGCGCUGAACGAUGCGCUCGUCCUUGUGAUUCAAAACCGACUCAACUUCGCCAGGCACGAUAACGAGCGUCACGUUGUGCAGUGCCUCGAUCUCUUGCUGCGCCGCAUCGAGGCAGAGAGGGAGGCGCAGCAAGCUACACCCGCCCUACGCCUCCUCAACACCCUCCUGCACCUUGCCGAUGACCUCAGCGCUGACAUCAGCACCUCCGGCUAUGACCAAUGGCAGCGCGAGGCGCGCGAUGCCAUGAGAGCAGUGUUUCUGCCGGAGGACCCGUUCACGGUGGUCAUGCCGAUGGUGAACGGCACAGACGCUCCAUCAGCAUCAGCCCCAUGGAAUGACCUCGGUGGUACGGCUGAUUUGGGCGCAAGCAUGGGUGGUGAGAGCACGCUUCUUCGAAUCGACUUUAUCCGGGAGCUGGAGGAGCUUUUAGAAAUUGUUGAAGCUGAUGUUACAGCUGCUGCUGAGGUUAUCACCGAAUCUUUCAACUUCCCCCUAGACGGUCCACCAGAAUUAGAAGUUAACGGCAACACAGUUAUUGAGGAAGAUGGGGGUUCAUGGGGUAACCUCGAUGCCGACAGAGUGGCAUUGAAACUACGCCUAGAGGAGCGAUUUCUGAACGGGUUGAUCGCGCUGAACGCGGCGUGGCGGCUGUGGCCCGGCAAUGGCAAGCGGUCGACCCAGUGCCGGCAGUGGACUGGGAUCAAGUGCAACCCGCAAGGCAUGGUCACUGCGCUCGCAUGGGAUGGCAACACCGCAUCGACAAUCAUUGAAGGACCCAUACCGCCUGCCAUUGCCACUUUCACUGCGCUCUCCGUUCUGGACCUCCCGUCCAACGCUAUCAAUGGAACCAUUCCAGUGCGCACUUUCCAGCAACUCAAGCAGCUGCAGAUACUGGAUCUGUCUCGGAAUAACCUUGUGCCGCCCUUUCCAGCCCGCGCUUUGCAGUAUAUGACAGGCCUGCGAGUCCUGGAUCUGCAUCUCAUGGAACUUGACAGCCCGCUUGACAUGCUUGGUUACUCCACCGCCUUUCAAUACAUUGACCUCUCAUAUACUGAAUCCACAGGCGCCCUCCCACCUUCACUUGCUGCAGCCUCCAACCUCUCUCACCUGGACCUGAUGUACAACUAUCCCACAGGGAGCAUUGUCAGCAUUCUCAGCAACCUUACCUCCCUUACCUUCCUCUCCAUCAUCAAGGCUGUUGACCUCAUCGAUAGCUUUGCCUCCUUCUCCUCGCUCUCGCGCCUCUCGCUCCUGCAACACCUGGAGUUGGUGUCGUUGCACAACAUGACGGGCCGCCUCGAAGACAUGACCUUCCUCACGUCCCUCCCUAAGCUGCGCCAUCUGCAUUUCGGGGAUAUGAACGUGGAGGGGGAGCUUCCUCCCGAGCUCAUCCUUCUUGAUAAGCUCACCUACCUGGACCUGAGCUACCUCUAUUUCAACGACGUGCCUCUCUGGCUAGGGACCUUCACCAACCUCCGAACCCUUGCCAUCUCGGACACGCGCAACAUGCGCUCAGGGGCCGUGCCGCAGGACCUCUCUCGCCUCUCGCACCUCGUGGAGUUUAAGGCAGGAGGGAACGGUCUCGUUGGCUUCCUCCCCGACUCAUGGGCCUCCCUCACUGCCCUCACACUGCUGGAUCUGAAGGAAAACGGCCUCUUGGGCUCCAUCCCAAACGCCUUCUCCAACCUCCAGAGCCUCGGCACACUGGACCUGUCCAUCAACCAGAUGAGCGGCUCGCUGCCCACCUCCUUCAGUCCCGCCCUUCAGUACCUCCGUCUCAACGACAACCAGUUUCAAGGCUCUCUGCCAUCUGCCCUCGGCAAUCUGCCAUCUCUCGCCACACUCAAUCUGGGUUCCAACCGCCUUACAGGAACAAUUCCCAAGGACUUCACAGGACUCUCCGCCCUCACAGAGUUGGUGCUGAACUACAACCAGCUGUCAGGAGGGCUGGAGGUCAUUGCCAACAUGCCGUAUCUCAUCAUCUUUGAAAUUGGUUCCAACAACUUCUCAGGGUCGCUGCCUGCUGAUUUCUCCAAGCUCGCCUCUCUUAUGAAUUUCAUUGUGAAUAACAACAGCCUGGCAGGGGAGUUUCCGUCUGUGCUUCUGGACCUCACCGCACUUGCAGGACUCGACUUGUCAUAUAACAGACUCCAAGGGUCCAUUCCAGACGCCCUCACUAAACUCACUUCUCUGGAAUCUUUGCAUUUGGAGCACAACCAGUUCUCCGGGGAGGUGCCGGCCUUCCUCUUCCAAUUCCCCGCACUCGCAGAGCUGUACCUCUCAGACAAUCAUUUCCAAGGCAGCAUUCCUCAAAGCCUCGACGCCAGUACCACGCUCGGCACUCUCAAUCUAGAGGGCAACUCGUUCAGUGGCCCUCUGCCUGACUUCGCCCAGUGGAACACCAGCCUCACUGCUCUAUACCUUGGGUUCAACAAUUUCACAGGCUCCAUUCCUGACUCGCUCACUACAAUCACCUCCCUCCUUACCAUCACUCUUCAGUUCAACCAGCUGUCGGGCAGCAUUCCAACUUCUCUUUCGGCUCUCACGACCCUUGACACGAUAUGGCUGGCAGGCAAUCAGCUCUCAGGCACUAUCCCUGACUUCUUUGCAUCCCUCUCAAACAUGCGACAGCUUAUGCUGGAUGACAAUCAGAUCUCGGGCUCUCUGCCAGCUUCCUUCUGCAAUCUCAAGCGACUUGAAUACUUUGGCGUGCGCAACAACCGCAUGUACGGGCCGCUGCCACGCUGCAUGUUUGACUUCCUCGGACUCAACUACCUCGACGUGCGCAACAACUCGUUCUACGGCACCAUAAACCGCGACUUCAAGGGCAUGAACAACCAGCCCACAGCGCAGAACCCCAAACCCGCCGCGCUCAACCUCGCGUCCAACUACUUUUACGGAGAGCCCUUUGUGUAUGCCGCUGGUAGCAUGAUCUGCCCGACACCCGUCGUUCGCGACAUUGACUACCACGAUAUAGCCUCCAUAGGGGCGACCGCAGGCGGGGUGGUGGCGGCAGAUUCAACUUCCGGGCGGCAGGACUAUCGGGUGUCUGUGGCGUAUGAGAAAGGGCAGGCGAGUCUGCUGCAGAACUGCCUGGCAGUGCGCGGCGAGGCGGGGUGCCUCGUGAACGAGACGCAGCGGGCGCCGGAGGAGUGUGCAGCGUUUUGCAGCAUCACGGAGAGUGGCGUGUGCAACGGGGUGGGGGACUGCGUGCCGCCUGAGCCGGGGAGCAGCGGGCAGGGCUUCACGUGCCGCUGCAAUGCGCCGUAUUCCACUGUGCCUGCUGCCAAUGGCAAUGGCUCCUCCUGUGCAAUUCAGACCACCAAGUCCUCGCUGUCAACGGGGGCGAUAGUGGGCAUCUCAGUGGGGUGCUUCACGGGACUUGCUCUCAUUGCCGCGGUGCUCGUCAUCAUGCUCCGCAAGAAGAAGAGACGCCGAUGGGACGACCUGGAUGUGUGUCAGGAGUUCUCCAUCGCCACGAUGCGCAAGGCCACCAACGACUGGGCGGAGGGGAACGUGCUGGGCGAGGGGGGCUUUGCUGUCGUGUACAAGGGCGUCAACCCCGCCACCGGGCAGCUCUGGGCCAUCAAGAGGCAAACGCUCAUGUCUAACGACUUUGAAAUGGAGGUGCGGGCGAUGGCGAGUCUGAACCACAAGAACCUGGUGCGGCUGCUGGGGUUCUGUCUGGACAUGAACGUGGAGAGCGGCAAGCAGGAGCAGAUCCUCGUGUACGAGUUCGUGCCACACCGCGACUUCCAGUACCACAUCCACAAGCCCAAGCGCCCGUUGAACCUGCGGCAGCGGUUGAAGCUGGCGGUGGGGGCAGCGGAGGGGUUGGCAUAUCUGCACGGCUUUGAGAAUCCCAUCAUUCACCGCGACAUCAAGCCCGCCAACAUCCUCGUUGGGGAAAACCUCACGGCCAAGAUCGCAGAUUUUGGGCUGCUCAAGACGCUCAAGGUGGGGGAUGAGACCGCAACCAGGGUGGCGGGCACACCGGGCUAUGUGGACCCGGAUUACAAUCGCACCCAGAUGGUCACCACCAAGAGCGAUGUGUACAGUUUUGGGGUGGUGCUGCUGGAGAUGCUGACAGCGCGCAAGGUCACCAUGGGCGGCAGCUCCCACAUCGGCAAAUGGUCUGUGUUCUCUUAUGCUGCUACCCUCUCCUCGCUUCCUUUCGUCCUUUCCCCUCCCCCGUUCCCUCCUCAGGCGAGCAAGAUGGUGGCAGAAUGCACGCUGUACGACCUGAGGGAGAAGUCGCUAGAGAUUCCCGAGGAGGCUAUAUUGGAGUGGGCUGACCUCAAGAUGGUGGCAGAAUACACGCUGGACGAUCUGAGGGACAAGUCGCUGGAGAUUCCUGAGGAGGCCAUUGUGGAGUGGGCUGACCUGGCCCUUGACUGCAUCAAGGCGCCUGGGUCGCGGCGGCCUGAGAUGAAGGACGUGGUGAGGCGGCUGGAUCACCUGCUGCAAACCUACACGGAGGAGUAUGAGGGCGAGAAUGACCUUGGUGGGAUUGUUUCUGGGUUGAGCAGCAGCGCGAGCGAUGCGGGGCUGAGGAGCCAGGCUGGCACGAGCUCAGCCGUUGGAUCGGGAAUGAGCUUCCCAUCUUCCGGGGUGAUGCAUUCGUCGUUUAACAGCACGGUGCAGAGCGGUGUGAUGAGUAAGGCCCCGGUGAGUGGUAUCAGCGAGGUAUCGGGUGUGAGCAUGGCAUCGGGUAAGAGUGGGGCGGCUGGCUCGAGUACGAGGUCAAAGCUGAUGAUGUCUGUGGCGUCUGCACUGGGCAUGAGUGAAGGGGAGAUGGCGGGAGGGGAGGGCGGUGGGGAUAGUGCAGUGAUGCAGCCAGCAGGCGGGAAGACGGCUGGUCACAGCCUUCAGAGCCUCUUGAGUGUGAAGGAGGUUGAGGGGAGAUGA